CUCGUGUGUUUUAUUUCCAUUAAACAAAGUCAUGCCAUUAAUAGGUAUCCAAAACUUGCUCAGAAGAUGUCUCCAAUUCCUACUUGUACUCCAAGACACAGCUUUUCUCUUCUAUUUAAAACCUCUCCACUCUUCACAAUAUCCUCUCUCUUGAACCUCAAAAACACAAGACAAACCCUUAAUUUGCUCUUUCUUUCUCUCUUUCUUUCUUCAAAAGCUUUGUUUCAAUGGAGUCUAAUCAAGAGCUUUCAUCAGAUGUAAUCUUCGAGAUUAUGUCGCGUGCCUCGUUGCAGACACUAGGCAACUGCAGGCUUCUGUCAAAGGAGUGUAAUUCUAUGACAUAUGAGUCAGCUUUCAUGAAUCUACACAACCAGAGAACAAGGACAAUUUCAGGGUACUUUGUACAAAGUAUGAGCAACAAUAAGUAUUCUUCAACUUUUGUAUCAAUCAAUAAUGCUGGUUCGGAUUUGAUGAAGCUAGAGGAUUUGUUUCGGGGGCCGGUCAAAAUUGAGGCUUCUACGAGUCAGGGUGUGUUGCUUUGUGUUGAUAAAGAGACUAAUCAUAGAAUUCCUAAGUACUAUAUUUGUAAGCCUAGUGCAAAGCAAUGGAGAGCAAUACCAAAUCCGAAAACGCGGUAUUUGACUGUAGGUAAUGCUAUGUUGGUGCUAAGAUUGAACCCUCUUCGGUUCAAGAUUGUUAGAUUUUCUAAUGCUAAGUAUGUAGUUAGCGUUGAUCGCGAGUGUUGCAGACUAAGAUGCGAGAUUUUUGAUUCAGAGAUUUGGGUAUGGAAGCAAUUGGAAGAUAUAAGGUUGCCUUAUAAUGAGAUGUUGAUUGCUUCCACACCUGGUGUACCUGUUCAUGGUAUGAUUCACUGGAUUACAUCUGAAAACAACAUAUUUUCGUACGAUGUUAAUGAAGAGACAUGGACAGUGUUCGCAAUGCCAGAACAGACUAAUCCUCGAUCAAACAAACAGCUUGUGGAGUAUCAAGGGAGGCUUGCCCUGAUUUGUAUGGUGAAAGAAGAUUUCAUGGAUUUAUGGGUGGUGGAAGAUUAUGAAAACAAAGUGUGGAAGAAGAGACAAUCAAUAGAGACUAAAGUUUUGAGAAGUGAACUGCGUUCGUUUCAUCCUGCAUCGUUUUACAAUGCUGAUAUCGCGCUAAUGAAAGGGAUUUUCAAGCUAAUGUUUUACAAGUUCAAGACAGGAAGUUUUGAUGCAGUGAAGCUGGAGAAUCACAUGUAUCCAGAGGGAGUCUUCCCCAUUCGAUCUGAUUUGGAACCGUGUGAUUUGAUGAGUGGAUUAGAGCGUGAACGUAGACCAGAUCGAAGAAAGAAAUUUAAACGAAGGAAUCCAUUAACGUCUCUGCAAGGUCUGAAAUUUAAUUUUAGUCCCACUCUCAUGUUUAGUAUAUUUCUUCUGCUUUUGUUAGUUUUUAUGGAGUAUGAUUAGUCUGAAAUAUUCUAAUUCCUGAAGUAUUUUGGGUGGACAACUUGUUUGUUCGUGUAGUUUAUUAGUCUCAGCUAGGUCUGACAUUUGAUUCCAGUCCCACUCUUGUUUUUUAGACCGCCCACAUGGUGUAAGAUGUUCUCAUUCUUGGAAGGAUUGGGAGGAGAUAAUUGUUUGUUCACAGAGUUUUGUCAGCAAGCAAAGACAAUGCAAUGUAGUUUUGUUAUAGUAUAUAUUUUCUGAUGCUAAUUACUUUGAUUUUCUCGUAUAGUUAUGUCUUUGACAACUAAAAUCAAAACUGUUACUUCUGUCCCUCUCAUUGGAAUUUCCUUCAUUUUUCCUAGAAAUUUUUAAAUAAGAAUUCAUUCCUUGUGUCAUUAACCAUGUCAGUGGCGCUUAAAUAUACUACUUUC